GUCCAGGAUUAACGCGGGGAGAACAGGAUGCAUGUUUGGGUCUCUCUCUGCUUCUACUCGCAGUGCGUGUUCUGAAGGCUGUGAAGCACUUCUCCCAGAGGACAGAAGCAGAACGUCACAUGGAGUAAACUUUGGGAUUGUCUUGUUUGGAGAACAGAGGAAACUGGCUUCCAAACAGCUGGAGUGAUGAGAAAGGAGGCUGUCCUUUGGAUGUUUGGUCUUUUAAAGUAGAGGAAUAUUUCUUCCUUUUAAAAGCACUUUUCGCGUUUUUUUUAACAUCCAACUUCACCAAACAGUAUAUGUGAAGUUGACACGUUUUUGGGGAACCAGUAUUUUUAUUGGAUUUGGUAAGAAUCGCCAGGAGAGACUUAAAUUAAUAUUUAAAAGGUUAUGCAAUGAAAGAUUGAAAGGAUCUGUGACACUGGGGACCUGAGUUAUGAAAUAUGUAUUUGGAUUUGCCAAAUGUCUCUGACCCUGUGACCUACUAACGUAGCCUACAUAUUUCCUCUCUCAAAUAUUUAAACAAUCUUGCUAAAAAACUGAUCUUUUUAUUAUGAUUAUUUUUUAUUAUUUAAUGGAGUUAUAUAAUUUCAACACCUCCUUUGUUUUAGUGUAUCACACUUUUUCUUACUGCUAGAUAACAUCUCUUGGUGUUCUUUUUCACUCUCGCCUCCCCACAUGACGAGCACCAGCUGACACGGUUAUAAUUUCUCCAUUUAUUAUCAAGCCAGUAAAAAGAACAAAGCUCCCCACCCCGCUAUGCUUGUGUGGUGGUGUGGUAUUUGCUAUUUGUUUGUUUAACAGGGCGUAGGGGCUGCUACAGUAGUCUCUCCCUCUUUUUACCCCUUUCUUUCUAAUUCUUUUUUAAAAAAGUUCAUUACCAUCACCAGAGGCGCGUCGUAGGGGUUAAUUUAGCGCCGAAUUGGGGCGCGUCAGGGCGCACACAGUGGACUAGUUGUGUCGAUCACUCCCGCAGAGGCGAUGCCCUUUUGUGGAGAGGUCUCUUGUCACACAGAGGACAGACGGCAUUCACAAUCGAGACACAGGGACACAAAGAGAAGAACUGCAUUUUAAAAGGCUCCAUUCUUUCCCCGCAACCGCUGGGUGUUGACUGUGGGUGUUUGAGAGGAUCUUUGUUGCCCGGAGAAAAGUAGAGAAGAAGAAUACGCGCCGUGAACGGGCUGGGGGAAUUUUUAUGGACAGGGUUACUACAGUGCAGCCGAUGCUGUCAUCCACUCCACCUAUGCUUCCCGGAGUCUUGUUUUGGAUGAGAAGCUGAACUUUUACGCGUUGUUUUUACGCACUGAUUGUAGACAGUGUCAUGGUGAACUUUCUGUCCCCGGUACCUGCGGGGGAGCGCUUUGAGCCGGACCAGUAGCUUCAAGGAGAAGUAAUUUUUGUGGAUAUAUAACGAAAGGAUGCCAGUUGAUAAAUUCGCAAACAUGGAGGAAAAACUGUGGAUAUUGGAGGACCUUAAUAUGAUGUACAUCCGUCAGAUUGCCCUCAGUUUACAGGACAGUGACAUCCAGAAAAAGAUUGAUCAUGAGAUCCGAAUGCGCGACGGGGCCUGCAAGCUGCUGGCCGCCUGCUCCCAGAAAGACCAGGCGUUGGAGGCGGCGAAGAGCCUGCAGACGUGCAGCACUCGCAUCAUGGCCUACAUGUCGGAGCUGCAGAGGAUGAAGGAGGCGCAGGUCAUGCAGAAGGUCACGAGGAGGUCGUCGGACGCAGGGCCAAUGGACGACAGGCUACCAUGCAAAGGAAAAGUGGCCAUAUCAGAUCUUCGGAUCCCUCUCAUGUGGAAAGACACAGAGUACUUCAAGAACAAAGGAGAGCUUCACCGGUGUGCAGUGUUCUGCCUGCUGCAGCUGGGUGGAGAGAUCUUCGACACAGACAUGGUGAUAGUGGACCGGACACUCACCGAUAUUUGCUUUGACAACACCAUCGUAUUUAAUGAGGCGAGCCCAGGUUUUGAGCUGCGGGUGGAGCUGUAUAGCUGCUGCUCGGAGGACGACUACUCAGCAGGGAGCACGCCAAGGAAACUAGCCAGUAAACUGAGCUCGUCACUGGGGCGAUCAGCUGGGAAGAAGCUCCGGGCAGCCAUGGAGCCCGGGCCCUGUAGUCCUGUAAGCAAUGGAGGGGCAUCUCCUCUUCUGCUGCCAGUUCCCUCAGUGCCGGGCCCCAAGUACCACCUCUUAGCUCAUACCACCCUGUCACUGUCACACGUCCAGGACAGCUUUCGCACACAUGACCUCACCAUCUCAGGCAACGAAGAGUGUUCGUAUUGGCUGCCACUCUAUGGCAGUAUGUGUUGCCGCCUCGCAGCUCAGCCUCACUGUAUGACCCAACAGAUGAUGAGUGGAUGUUUAAAGGUUAAGCAGUUGGGAAGUGACCCUCAGAGUUGGACAAAAGUGUACGCCGUUCUAAAAGGAACAAGCCUUUUCUGCUACCACCGGCAAGAAGAUGUGGAGGCUAACGUUGAGCCAGCUUUCACCAUUGCCAUCAACAAGGAGACCAGAAUACGUGCGUCAGAGAAAGACCCUCAAAGUAAAGUUCAGAAUAUCUGUAUCAGUAACCAGUACGGCGGCGAGGAGGUCACGCACACACUGACAACAGACAGCCGUGAGGACACACACCGGUGGAUGGAGGCCUUUUGGCAGCAUUUCUAUGACAUGAGUCAAUGGAAACAGUGCUGUGAUGACUUAAUGAAAAUUGAACUGCCAUCGCCAAGAAAACCAGCUCCUGUCACACCAAAACAGGGUUCACUCUAUCACGAAAUGGUUAUUGAGUCAUCUGAUGACCUCAGCAGCACUGUGUCAGACAUCCUGGCUCGGAGGAUGCAGGAGCUGGAGCUCCGCAGCCAGCUGGGCACCUCCCCCACCUGGAUGUCUGUGUUUGAGGAGAACAACCCCAAAAGCGCUGGCCGCCCCCGUCCCUGUACUUCUCGCCUUUCUGGCCACAGCCCCUUCACCCCUCACCGACUGCCCCGGAGCCCUGUGAGCCCUCACCGCUGCCCACAGCUUAGUCUGCUGUCCUCAGAUGCAAGCCUGACCUCAGACAGCGACAGCCACUGCAGCACCAGUCCCUGCUCUCACCGCUACGGCUGGCCUGAGCCUUCUUCUAACUUCUCUCUCUUGUCAUCGUCCCCCUCCCGUCUGAGGCCACGCACUCUGUCACUGGAUGCUAAGCUCAGCACCCUUCGAGGGAGGGGGUACGGAGGACCUGGGGCCCUCCAGUGCCCCUGCCAGCCUCCUUCCUCCUCGCUGCUCGCCCCGCUCCCCAUCUCCUCCCGUUCACCUCGGUCACAGCGCAGCACACAGACCACACUCUCCUGCUCCAGCUCCACUUCCAGCAACAGCUCAAGCAACAGCGAGGGCAGCCACAGCCCCGAGUCAUCUGAGGGAGCCCCCUUCUCAAGGCCCUCCCCGGCUCGACGCAGCCUCAGGAAUCUCAGGGCAAGACUUGAUCCUCGCAACUGGCUCCAAAGCCAGGUGUGAGCGUGCUUGCCUGACAUGUAUGUAUCGCUGGCCUCAAAGCAGGAAUGCUUUAAACAGUGGUUUGACUGGCUUAACAUAUGUGAACCCACCUCAGGCAGUGUGCAAUCACCACAAUCUCUGAGGAAGAUAAGCUGCCUCUAACCUGCGUCCUGAUGGAGGGCAGAUGAUUGAAGAACCUCCUGGGGUAAACUGGAAUGUCUUCUAACACAAAGGACUGGUGACAAUCACUGCAGGCGACUCUGCACUUUGCUGGGUUGCAACAUUUUGUAGAUGGUCCAAAACUAAAUGGGAGGUACUCUGCUUGCUUGGAGAAAUGCCUAUGGUCAUGCUGCUUGGGAGAUAGUGAUGCUAAUGACUGGAUAAACGCACCACACUGGGACUACUGUCUGUCCUUCGUGUCUAAUUCUGACACUAUAAAAGGUUUUGUUCUGUCCUUUCCUCAUCAGCCUUUCUGGCCACUCAAACACUCAAAAUCAUCUCUAUUAAUGCACUAGCAGUAUUUUGACUGGAUGUUUCCGAUCUGUAUUUUAUAAAUAAAGGUUUGUGGUGUUUAUGCUAUGAAAGCCGGUGAGCAUGUGGCAAGAUGAACAUGCAAGAUGAACAUAUGGUAUAAUCAUUCAAGAGUUUUCAAAUGUUAGAAACUGUUAAGUGUGGAGGGAAGUGUUGGUGUCUGUAGUCUGUACUGUGAUAUCUACUUCAGUGUACGCAUCUAAUUAUUCAUACAACAGACCUGAUCUUUGUGGGUCUCCCAAAAUUACUAUGCACCGUUUUGUUUUUUGCAUGAUUUGACUUACAGUUAAAAUGUUGAACUACUUGAGAUCAUUUCAGCAAUGAAUCUGGUGAAAGCUUAACUUUAUGCAAGUGCUCCUACAUACUGUACUGGUUAUUACUGUGAUCUUUUCAGGGUAAAAAUCUGUGCUCUGGUCUUAACACGUUUCAAACAUUUAUCUUCACACUACUGACAGGCUGUCAUCAGAAGUAGGUUUUAGUAGAUCCUUAGAACAAACCCUAGAAUAAGCUGAAAUUAACCAAAGCUUAAGUAUUAUUUAAAACCCAAUUCUUAUAAUUCUGCUACACUCUAGGAUUGUGGAAAUUAAUUAAGAAUUGUGGUUCCUGGUUAUAGGAUUUCCAACAAAAUGUGAAACAUCCACCAAUGAAAUAUCAUGCAACACAGAAACCUUUCUUAGAAAUUAAUUUAUGAUGGCUAUAUUUAAGGAAACUUUCUAGCCCCUGGCCCCCAUUAGUUCAUGAUAGUAAGAAAAAUAAUAAAAUGGUUUGUUUACGCGGCCAUUUGUGUAUUUAAUGAUGUAACUUAUGUACGAAAACAAUCAUCUGUCUCAAGGCUUCCAUGUGAAAACAAAUCUUAUAGAAGAGUCUGUGUCAGUCAGUGCAGUAAAACCUGUUUGGA